GAAAACACAGCGAGCGAAACGGGCGCUUGAAGGCCGGGCACCAAAGUUGGUGGAAAAUACUAAAUCUGUAAUGCUUAUACGUGGAGGCAAUACAAGUGAACAAGUUACAAAUAGUAUGAAAGAUCUGUAUGCACUCAAAAAGCCAAAUGCAGUCAUGUAUAAACGUAAGAACAUUGUACGGCCUUUCGAUGAUGAAUCCAGCUUGGAAUUCUUCUCAGAAAAAAGUGAUGCUUCAUUAUUCGUGUUCGGGUCACAUUCCAAGAAACGUCCACAUAACCUGACCAUCGGCAGAAUGUAUGAUAUGCACGUUUUGGAUAUGGUGGAGUUGGGCAUAGAGAAAUUUCAACCACUGAGCAGUUUCGCUGUUGCUAAAUGUCCAACAGGAACGAAACCAUGUCUCGUGUUUACUGGCGAACCAUUUGAACAUGACCAUGAAUAUAAGAGGUUGAAGAAUAUGUUCAUUGAUUUGUUCAGAGGACCAGUGGUUGAGAAUAUACGGUUAGCCGGAUUAGAACAUGUGAUCAUGUUUGCUGCUGUGGAUGGGAAAAUCCUUCUUAGGAGUUACAAAAUACUGUUGAAAAAAUCUGGAACAAGAACCCCAAGGAUAGAGCUGGAGGAGAUGGGCCCAUCUUUUGAUUUUGCAUUGAGGCGAACAAAAUUGGCUUCGGAUGACCUAUUCAAGCUUGCCAGGAAGCAGCCAAAGGAAAUUAAGAUUAAAAAGACUAAAAACGUCAGUCAAGAUGCAUUUGGAACAAAGCUAGGGCGAAUCCACAUGGAAAAGCAAGAUCUCAGUGAACUACAAACACGAAAAAUGAGGGGCUUGAAAAGGCAGAAACCUGAAAGAAAUGCUAGCAAGAUAAGUUCGGAUAAUAAGAAAGCAAAAUUUAAAUCGGAAGAAAAUUAAAUUUGUUUUUCUGAUAGCGAACGAGACAUAAACAGAUCAGCUUGUGGGUGGUGUAUAAUAACAUGACUGAAAGGUACAAUUUAAAUAGAAAGUUAUGGUGUUAUAUGUAGUGCAAAUCAUUUUGAAAAUAAACUGGAAGCGAUUGCACAUCUUGGCGGUAUUGGUUUGUGUCACCGUUUGAAUUUGCAAAAACCAAUCCAAUUUAUUUUGAAAUUUAAUUAUAUUAAAUGCAGACGUCUAACAUGUGCGUAAAGAAUAUACUAAUAGAAUAUUUAUGUAACUUUAAAAAGGCAAUUUAUUAUCAGUUAGAUUCUAAAGUCCAGCUCAUUUCACAGUUUUGGUUACACCAGUCUGUGAAUUAAUAUUUUGCUACUAUAGCUUAUAAAGCGAACAGACAUAUCAUUUCAAUAAAAGUAAACUUGAAUAAAUUGAAAAUAUA